AUGUCAGACUUCAGAGGCAUUUUGAGGGGAAUUUUUAUUUCAGAUCAAUAUCGCUUUAGGAAAUACAGGGCCUGUUUCUCUCCUUUUCACUGCUGCUUUGACAACAGUUCCAUCCGCUUCAGGUCAAUCUUUGCUUUUCAGAAAAAAAAUACUGGUAAGUACUUUUUUCAGGAAUACUCAUGGAAAUGUGGUUACUCCUAUGCCCCUUCUUUUUCUCAACCCCCCCUUACUCUGAGUAGUUUGAGUGAGAACCUUGUCUGGGAGGAUUCUUGCAGGUCUUCCUAUGGAGCAGCUGGAGGUUCAGGAACUCACUGCAACCACCUCUCCUGGCCUUUGUCUCAACUGGAAACAAAGGUUACAACCUUGUGA